GCAUGCAAUACCUAAGCUUAGGCAUUAAUGCAUUAUCGGGGGAGCUUCCGGAGGAACUUGGAUUUCUGACUGAGAUUAUAUCCUUUGCAAUUGGUGGAAAUAACUUUUCUGGACCCUUGCCUUCGGGGCUUGGAAAUUGGAAACGUCUUACACAAAUCUAUAUGGAUGCCUCUGGUGUUAGUGGUGCUAUACCUCCAACAUUUGCAAAUCUAUUGAACCUAGAAGCACUGUGGGCUUCAAACAAUGAGUUUACUGGGAGGAUACCUGAUUUCAUUGGGAAUUUGUCAAAGCUUACUAUCUUGAAGUUUGAAGGAAAUUCAUUUCAGGGUCCAAUUCCAUCUACACUUUCAAAUUUGACCUCAUUGGUUGACUUGAGGAUAAGUGAUCUUUUGAAUGGGAGCUCUUCACUGGACUUCAUUUGGAAUAUGAAGAAUUUAAGCAAAUUAGUUUUGCGGAAUAACAAUAUUUCUGGUUCCAUCCCCUCUAAUAUUGGAGAAUAUCAGAGCUUGUCACUGCUGUAAGUCCUUUGGUUGAAGGAUGUUU